AUGUUACUUUUUCACGUCAUAUUUCCUUCUCAACAACGAAUAGAAAAUGAAAAUAAUCAACCACCACAAAACAACGGCUAUCCUCUCGUAGGUCAACAAACAUCAGGGUUUAGUCCUUUACCAAAUACAGGUGGAUAUGUACCACCACCACCACAACAACAACAACAGCAGCCUUGGCAAACAGGUGCUGUAACCACGACCAAUACUUAUUCUCCUCUUCAACCACAAAAUACAUCGUACCCCUCUCUUAAUCAAAAUUCAUUUUCUUCGCCUCCUUAUCAACAACAGCAACAGCAGAUUGCAUCUCCCUAUACGAAUACAAAUACUCCUACCGGAAAUACAUAUCAAUCUUAUCAGUCCCCAGUGGGCUACCCACAAUCACAACAACAACAGUAUGGUACUGGAAGUUUGGAUAAUGGAGGGUUUAAUAAUGGAGGAUUUAACACUGGCGGGCUUAAUAACGGCGGACUCGGUAGUGGAGGAGGAUACAACAGUGGCGGAUUUAACGGUGGAUUAGGUAGUGGAGGGUUAAAUGGUGGGUUGGGCAGUGCAGGGUUAAACGGUGGCGGAGGUGGAUUAUAUGGUACUGGAAGUGCUACUCCUGGUGGACAGUACAACAAUGGUGGAUAUAAUAAUGGCGGUUUAAGCAAUGGUGGGAUGGGACAACCUCAAUACGGAAAUACACCCAACAAUAAUUUUUACAUUCCUGCCAACUUUGGCCAGACCACCACCACCACCAAUCCCACCAACAAUAAUUCGAUGUUUCAGCCUCAACAUCCCAAGCACGCACCAGUCGAUGCAACCACUUUACUGAAGGGAACGCAAGUCCGUCGUGUAGAAUGCCCAGUUUGUCAAAAGAUGAUUGAAGGUGAUGAUAUGGCGGUCAAUCAUCAUGUAAAUGAACAUUACACUUAA